AUGUAUUGGAAAAUCGCGAUCGCAUGCCUAGCAGGCCUCAGCACCGUGGUCACCGCCGACCUUCACGAUCAAAAGGAGAUCGAAAACUGCCCCGUCGGUUAUGCCUUGACUACGUACGUAGUUACUGUCGUCAAAAAUUCGACGACCACAGUCAACGAAUGGGCGACCAGCCUGCCCGGAGCCAAUGAUUGGCAGGCUACUUCUACCCAGGAUGGGAUCUUCACACUUUCUACAUCUACGCCGAGACCCGACGAAACAAACAAAGACGCGCCCAAGUCAGCACCCACGCCGACAGAGACUUCACCGUCACCCACUGUGGUUGAGCCGUCCCAAAGUUUGGCAUCAUCCCCGCCACUUUCGCCAUCGCCGCUGGCCGGUGGUGUCGUCCACGGCCAAGCCACUUCCUAUGAGGGUGGUGACGUGGAUGGAACAUGUAUGUUUUCUACCGCCGACUACACCCUCCCUGCAGGAAUAUAUGGUGCGGCUCUGUCUGUGGACAACUGGGACAGUGCCGCUUGGUGCGGUGCAUGCCUUUCUGUGGUUGGACCUAGCGGAAACUCUGUGAAGAUCAUGAUUGUCAACCAGUGUCCUGGAACUUGUGGAUUGAACAAUGUUGAUUUGCUUCCGGGCGGCUUCCAACAACUGGCAGACCUCAAAGUCGGCCGUAUCAAUGUGGAGUGGGAGAUCGUCAAGUGCGAUAUCAGCGGUCCGCUGUUCCUGAAAACCCAAACUGGCUCCUCUAAAUACUGGUUCAGCAUACAAGUCGUCAACACGAACGUCCCUGUCCGAUCCCUCGAGGUUAGUAUCGAUGAUGGAAAAACUUGGCAAUCUCUGAGCCGGCGAGAAUACAACUUCUUCCAAAACCCUAGCGGCUUUGGAGUGGACUUUGUUGAUGUUCGCAUAACGAGCGUCACGGGUGAGACGAUCGUGGUGAACAAUGUCAGCAGCGCCGCGGAAACCCGGACUGACGCUACCUCGAAUUUCCACUGA